AUGCCAUCGUAUGAGCUCUUCCUCAUCACAAAACGGUUAAGUAAAGUGAGUGAAGAAAAGGAUUUGGUGUCGUGUCUGAAGAGGACGGGAGAACUGGUGCUCAACUCGAAUGGCAUCCUAAGAAAGAUCGAGAAUAUGGGCACAAGAAGUCUGCCCUUCAGGUUCACCACAGGAAUACCCGGAAACAAGAACUACACGUCCGGCAAUUUCUUCCUCUACCACUGCGAUGUGCCGCCGCAGACCAUCUAUAAGAUAGCGGACUCAAUCAAGAUGGACACCGACAUCAUGAGAGUGUACUUCGACGAGAAAAAGGUGAAAAUAGCCGACGACUACGUCUGUACGCUGGACGAGGAGCUCAAACCGCCGGCGCUCAGACCCACCAUCCAGUCGCUCAUCAGACAAAACGAGGAACGGCUGAAGGCCUCCAAGAAAAUCAUUACCGUUGAGUAGAUCACACAAAAUGACACCCGUUUUUGGAACUCAUGUUUGAUAUUUAAUUAGAAAAUAUUAUGAUUAUUAUAUAAUUUAAAUGAUAAUUGUGUAGAAAUUUAGUGUA